UUGGCUUGAAACUGUGUUUCCGCUCCUCCUGCUGCAGAGCCAUGUCCCAGGUGCAGCUUCCUCCCAUGAAAGCUGUUAUAGUGCCUGGGAAUGGGGCAAGCAAUGUAGAGAAAUGCAAUUGGUACGGAUGGGCAUGGAAAAGACUAGGGCAGAUACCUGGUUUCCAGUGUUUACUUCGAAAUAUGCCUGACCCAGUUACAGCUCGAGAGAACAUCUGGCUGCCAUUCAUGGAAUCAGAACUGCACUGCGAUGGGCAGACUAUCCUUAUUGGACACAGCUCUGGGGCUGCUGCUGCCAUGAGGUAUGCAGAAACUCACCAGCUGUAUGCCAUUAUUUUAGUGUCUGCUUACACUUCUGACCUGGGGGAUGAGAAUGAAAGAGACAGUGGCUACUUUAACAGACCUUGGCAGUGGGAGAAGAUCAAGGCUAACUGCCAUUGCAUUGUGCAGUUUGGUUCCACCGACAAUCCUUUCCUUCCCUGGAGCGAGCAGCAGGAAGUGGCGGACGGGCUGAAAGCAGAGCUACACAAGUACACAAACAGGGGCCAUUUCCAGAACACUGAAUUCAGUGAGCUAAUCAGUGUGGUCCAGGGAAUGCUCAACGGGGCUGCUUAGAGUAGAGUCCCUUGAUCUUCUCUUUCUUUACUUUGGGGGCAGGCUGGAUUUCCUGCCGAGCAAGCCAACAGCAAAGCUCUAGUCACAGAACACGAUUAACGCCCUCUGCCAUGUGAGCAAAGCUUGAAUCAGCAGCUUGCCUGUUCUCUGACAGCAGGCUCAGCCCCCACCCUGCCCGAGAAUUAAGAAAGACUUGACUGUCCACAUAAAGGUGAUAGAUGGAAAGUGUAAUACUAACAGCUGGAACCAAACCUGGGACCUUUAUGAAUGAGCAUCUACAGCUUGCGCUACAAGUAAAGUAGCUUGGGGCUCAGGCUGUAGAGCAAACUCCUCUCUCUCUCUGCAAGUGGUCUGGGACAGUGCCCCACACCCAGUAGAUGUAUGGGUUACAUAAGGGCACAGAGUGGGAAGAAAAUGAAAUAGGAAAGAGAACAACCAAUCCAAGAGCUGGAUGGGCCCUGUUUGGAAAGUCUUCACUCUGCUUUAAAGACCAGAGGCAAUGCCCAUUAAAAUCAAGGGGUAUCUUUCCAUUAAUGCCAAGGGGCUUUAGGUCAGGACCUGCCUUAGCUAGUGACCACACUUCCAUGUGUUCUACUUCCCAGUUCAGUUGUGCUUUGCAGUGUAUAGGACAGCCCGUCUUUCGCAAUGAUUAGAUUCACUGUUUUGAGGACGAUUGUUUGCACGCUGUAAAUAAAGUCAAAGCCUUCGUCAUCUCACCGUAA